GAAGAGUUUGUUUGAAGACAUCGGACAGAUAGCACAUAUUUAAGCAUCCGUGGUGUUGUCGUCGUCGCGCGAGAGACUCUAAUAUAUUUUUGUGGAUUUUCUGUUGUUUUUUUCGUGUAUCGCGUUCUUUCGUUUCUAUUCAUUUAAGUACUUGUUUAUUUAUCAAUCGGUUUUAAUUUGUCUUUACGAUCUUCAUGAUUCAUUCUUCAAGUGUGCAAUUGUGAAUUUUCGAUUUAAAAAAACGCAGAUAAAAGACAAUGUUUGCAAAUACAUUCGAUGUGUGUGAUUAAUUGACAUUUUUUUUUACAAAACAAUUGUAAUAUACAACGAUUUUGGUGUGUGCGAUGUGUUUACUAAAAUUCUAUUUUUUUUAUGAUUAUCGCAUCAUCAUUUGAUGAAUGACUUUGGAAUGUUUGUUAUUUAUCUUAUGUAUUAUCGUGUGUGUUUUAACAACAAUUCUUUUUUCCCACUUCGUAUCUAAUCACACAUUGUUUCGGUUUAAUGUGUGUAAAAAUUCAUGUGAUUUGAAUUGAUUUUUCUUGUACGGUGCAAGAUAAAAGACGAUUUUUUGCUGUACUUUUUGGCUUUGGUGCCAAAUGGAAAAUUCGAGUCGUCAACACAUUGACGGCAAUUGACACAGUUUAUCAUCGUUUGAACAUUGCAAAAACUGGGUGUAUUGUGCAUGUAUGCGUAUGCAGCAUAUAAUAUUACCCUUUUCGUCUUGCUGACCGAUGACAUUUGGUCGGAAUGAAAAUCAAUAUGAUUAUACAUUUUAAUUGCAAGUGAAUACAUUUUCCAUUUGAUCAUAUAAACUCUUACAUAAUUGGCUGUUUUUAGUUUUUCGUGUUGUGUGUGCUUGCUAAAAAUCACGAAACAUCGUUGAAGUCAAUCGGUGUGAAAACAAGACAGGAAUUUAAUCACACAUCACAGACAUUGUAGACGAAUUCACACAUAUAUCGAAUGGAUAUGAUUCGCGCACAUCUGAUUGCUCAGUGCCAGUGCAAAUGAUGAGCUUAUAUUUGAACAUAAUGUCAGAUGUCAGACAAAGGAAUGUCGUACAUUCGGCACACAAUUGCUUAGAAAACACAUCCCAUUGAAGACGACGAAGUAAAAAAAAACUAGUACUAGUACCGAAGUGCGUGUAUGUGUUGAACAACAACUGAAAAAAUUGACUGCAUCGCACAAAAAGUGAAAAACUCUUUGGUGAUACACACCCCAAAAACAAGAAUCGUAACAAAAGUUAUAAAAACAGAAAGAGAUUAAGUAGUUUGUUUUCGGUAGUCCUCUUGUUCAGAGGUAAAAGAAAAGAAACAUAACGACAAAUUGUGAUAGAAUAAAUUGGUUGUCGGUGACAAUCGUCAACGUGAAAAACAAUUCAGGUCUUGAAAAGAAGGAAUUGAACGACUGUCACUAUCGAAAAAUAUGACUAUAAUCCCAACAUUCUACUAGUUUCCGAACGGUAUCGAGCGAGAGAAAAAGUUAUGGCCUAAUAAAUUGUGUAGCUUUGGAACGAGAACAAGUCGGGAACACUGAGAAUACCAAAAUGCAGAAGCCAACACAGAAUGAGUAUUGUCGCUUUCCGAAGCUGGAAGAAUGCGCACAUUUCCACUAUGAACGUGUUCAAUUGGGAAAAAUCCAUAUUAAAUUAAACGACGAAAAAUUCGAUCCGCACAAUAGUAAUUUAAUAGCACAAGAUGCCAACACAUCCGGAUCAUCGACGGCAUCGCAACAAUUAUGGUUUAUAAUUCGUGUUACGGCCGAAAAAACGGAACCAUUUUUAAUACGACGUUCAUUUGAAAAUAUGAAAAUGUUGGAUGAAAUGCUGCAUCGAUGCGUAUACGAUCGAAAAAUCAGUAAUUUGGUUGAUUUAAGCGAUUUGGAAAGAGAUGAUCUUCAAAUGGACAGUAUAGUUGCCGAAUAUUUGGAACGAUUCACUUCAAUCGUUUCGGAUUCACUGACAUGCGGUCAAAUAUUGAGCUGGUUUCAAUUGGACAAUAAAGGUCAACGUCUUCCACUAGCCGAUUCAGAUACCAUGAAAAGCAUUAACACACCGGCUGUCGGUGCUGCCUAUGGCAUUCGCAAAUAUAAUGCGCAGGCAUGUGAUGAAAUUUCGAUUGAAGUCGGUGAUAUGAUAUCGGUGAUCGAUAUGCCAAGUCCAGCCGAAUCGGUAUGGUGGCGUGGUAAAAAGAGCCACUUGCAAAAGAGUCAAUACGAGGUCGGUUUUUUUCCACAAAGUUGUGUGGCUACGAUAGGCGACAAGGUGCCGCGUAAUCUAGUAUUGCCAGCACCAUUGGUUGGCUCAUUGGAUGUCUCACCAACGAAACCUGUUCUACGCAAACAUGGCAAAUUGAUUGCAUUCUUCCGUAGCUUUAUUCUAUCGCGGCCAUCACGUCGUUGUCUCAAACAGAGCGGUAUUUAUAAGGAGCGCGUAUUUUCGUGCGAUUUAAGUGAACAUUUAUUGAAUAGCGGACAAGAGAUACCAAUGGUACUAAAAGUUUGUUCACAAUUUAUCGAAGAAUUUGGCAUUGUUGAUGGCAUUUAUCGUCUAUCGGGCAUCACAUCAAAUAUUCAAAAACUUCGUAGUGGUUUUGAUGAAGAACGCGUCCCAGACUUGGGCAAUCCAGAAGUGAGACAAGAUAUACACGCGAUGAGCUCAUUAGUUAAAAUGUAUUUCCGUGAGCUACCAAAUCCAUUGUGCACAUAUCAAUUGUAUGAGCAUUUUGUCGAAGCGAUUCAAAAUCGUGGUGAGCCCGAGGAAAGACUAAAUGCGAUGAAAGAAACGGUACAAAAAUUACCUCCGCCACAUUACAGAACGCUAAAGUAUCUGAUGACGCAUUUAAAUAAAAUUGCACAGCAUUCGGCACGAACUGGAAUGACCGAUCGAAAUUUGGCAAUUGUUUGGGCUCCAAAUUUGCUGCGUAGUCCAUCGCUUGAGGCGGGUGGCGUUGCAGCAUUGAGAGGUGUUGGUGUUCAAGCCGUAGUUACUGAAUAUCUCAUAACAAAUUGUCAUAAAAUAUUUGACGAAACAUUUGAGAGUGGUCUUGAAACAAGUAUCUGCGACCCAAUCGAAGACGCUGAAGAGGUGCACUCCGAUUCACGUGAUCAUGAGCUGUCGGCACCAAUUUGUAUAGAGCGACCGAAGAGUUUGGGUGUUGGUAGUGGUGCUCGAUUGAUAAGCCUCGAAGAGGCACAAAAUCGUCAUAAUCGAAUCGAGUUCAUUGACUUGAAUAAAACAAAUCCAAUGAAUACACCGGGCGGUUCAAGUUCAUACAUCGAAGUUGGUGGCGGUCCAUCCAGCUUACCUGAUAAAUAUCAUACCGUUCUUCCAGUGCCACGAAGUUGGCAAAAACGUAAGACUCAUUCAUGGAAAUCAUUGUUUUCGCGUGGCCAACGAAAUUCCAAUUCAAAUGAGCUUAAAUUAUUGAAUCCAUCGACACCUAGCAUUGCCAAAGAAAUUCAUCGCGCAAGCAUUUCCAGUCCAAUCAUUGAGGAUGAUAAAUUGAAGCAAAUAACACGAAGUUGCCAAAAGAAAGUGAUAAAAAGUAUUGAUUUUGGUGAUGGCAAACCAAUGGAGAUAUGCCAACGAUCCAGUUCAGCGGACAGCUUACGUACGGCCGGCCACAGUCGGUCCGUUUCACAUGAUUCGUACUUUGAUUUACUUCAGUCACCAUUGAGAGCUGUUGCUGUUUCACCGUCACGCGAAUUUUCGGAAUUGGGUCUCAAUUUCGAUCGUGAAGAACCCGAAAUGAGAAUAUUCUCGGAAAGCGAAAGUUUGGUCAGCAGUCCAAGAGUGCCGAGAGAAAUGCAAUCACGUCGUGUAACACGAUGUAGAACGGACGAUUCAGGCGCUGUAAAUAGCGUAAAUCCAAGCCCAAAGAAACAACCGCGUCUCAAUUUGCCAAAUUCCAAAGAGAAUCAAUGGAAUGCAAGCAAUCACAACAACCAAUCGGAUGACGGCAGUUUGAGAAAACGAACGAAAGUCGAAGAACGGGAAAAUAAUUUAGAAGAGCGUCAAUCAUUAUCCGAUAUUCAAUUCAUUGAUAGCAUUACACCUGAACAUACAAUCACAGCGAAUACAAUUUAUGCAUGUGCACAAGUUCAUAAUCCGCCAGCAUCAAAUCGAACAUCAAUACUCGAAGAAACGCCGACGGCCGAACGGCCACAGCUUAGAGUCAGCGCUUUAGACAAUAAAACCAACGAUAAACUUGAGAAUAAAGAGAGUCGAUUCAGUUAUCCGGGUAUGGGCGAAAAAUUCUCGGAUGAAAAACGAUUCUUAAGCCGAUUUUCGAUCAAUGACAAUAACGAUAGGAACCGACGCAGUUUCAGUGAUUUCAAACACACCAACAGUCGCAGCAGUGUUGGACUUGUAUUGUCAAAUAGUUCGCCGGACCAUUUGAAAGCAAACGAAAAUGAUCAUUCGAAGUCAAGCAUACCGACACCGUCGAGUCCGAGCAAGAGUCCACAUUAUUCGCUGUUGGGUGAAAGUAGCUCGGAAAACAGUAGCACAUUGAAUACUCCGGCUUUUGAUAUGGAUAUGUCUUCGGCAACGCAACACUUUGAUCAACGAAUGAAUGAAAUAAAGAGUUUAAUUUGCAGUGCAGAGCCGAAAGAUUUGAGCUUACCUAUGUCAACGGAAGACACUGAACAAAAUACAAACCAAAAUCCAAAAGCCGAACCGAUAAAUAUUCGAUGCGAUUUAUCGUUGGACUUGGAAAAAUCAAAAAUGUCCAUCGAUGAUGCGUCGCCGCCAUCAAAUAAGCAUAAUUUAAAUAUGUCAUCAACAUCAAAUACUCCAAAUUUCACUCAAACAUCGGGCAGCACCAGUCAAUCGAUGACACCUAGUGAAUUCGGUUAUCAAAAUUUGAAUCGGGCAUCGAAUGCUGUUUCAAUUGAAAGUUCACCAAAGUCAGAUGUAUACGAGACGCUCGAACAGGCAUUUGCAAAUUAUGAACAAGUAACGACGCCUGUACAAUCGCUACCGCCGAUUAAAACGAAAAGUCCAAUCAAAGCUACAAUAAACAUCACAUACAAAUCACCGAUACGCAAUGCACCGUCAGCGAACUUUAUGUUUACAAAUGAUCGACCAAUAUCGCCGGAUCCCAAUCAAUUCCCAGAUUAUGAACCGGUCGAUGUGAUUUCAUCGGUGGUGACAAAACCAUUGGAGACAAGUUUCGAUGACAACGGUGUUUACGAGCAACUGAAAUUUUUCAAAGGUGCCGUUUCCGAAGUAAAUCAUUUGCUUAACAACGGCAAUGAUGUACAACAGCAGCAACAGCAAGGCACACACAAUAAGUUUAACAAUGAUUUGAAUACUCCACAAAUUGUUCCUACAAUCGAAAGUGCAAAAACGGUGACCGCGUCCAACGACCGUGUGUUCGGCGAAACAAUUGUCGAUGACAAUAAAAGUGAUUCGGGCGAUGUUCUGAUGCCAGAGCAAGAGUUAACUCAGGACAGUUUGGAAUUUGAUGCCAACAUCUCGAUGUAUGAAAAUGUACAUUUACGAAAAUCACCAAAUGCAUACGAAAACAUAAACAUGCGUUUGGAUGGUAAAACAAAAUCACUAAAUAUACCCGAAACAAAUGCCACAAUAUCCAUUGGCAAAGAGAAUAGCAAACCGGCCAAUUUUACGGUAAAACAAUUGGCAAAUAAAUUCGAAACUAGUCCGAUCGAUGCACAGCCACCGUUUGAUUUUUCAAAACCGUUUGCCCGUAAAAACUGUGAUACAAAUCGAAAUUCGGCAAAUCCGCCAAAUCCGCCAAAGGCGAAAAAUCCACAACAACAACAACUCAAUAAAACCUCAAAUUUCACACGAAGUCUUGACGAAAAUGCAUUUGUUCGUGAAUUCGGUAGUAGCCGAUCGAAUGAAAAGGUCAAUCGAAGCACACAUCAAAUUCCAAUUGUUACAAAUAUUCUAACGGAAAACAGUCCGAUUCGGCGUUCGAUGAACGAUUCAACAAAACCGAAACUGUUAAAUCCACCAAAACGUUUGCCCAGUUUAACUGAUGCCGAGAAUAAAUUAUGUAAAAAAGAGAAUAUCAAUGAAACAAUGUCGCCGGCUGAAAUAAAAAUCACACCGACCACGGAAAAUCCGAUUUCAUUGAUUCAACACAAUGUGAAUUUUGAUCAAAAAUUACCAACCGACGACGAUCGCAAUGCGACCAAUGUUAGCAACAAAGUUUUAAGCAAUUUUAAAUUGGAUCGCGAACGCAUUGAGAGAAUCAAAGAAGAGCGUCGACAUCAAUUGAAUGAAAAAUUCCGUUCGGAAUCGUUUAAAUGCGAAAAAGAAAAUAGCAAAGCCAAAUCAAAGUCAAAAAUUGAAUUGAACGAAUUGAAAGAUGCUGAUAAGAAAAUUUCCGAUUCAUUGCAGUACAAAUCGAAAUCACGUAAUGAAAUUUAUAAUAAAAAUGAUGCCGAUUCGUCAUUGGCAUUGAUGAGCGGCGCCAAUGACGGGUCAUUGGGUCGAGUGAGAAGCAUUAGCGAUGAGAAAAAUCAAAACGAUUGUACUGAUACAACGACCAAUAUUGAUGCACAAAGUGUCGCAUUCCGAACAAGAAAAUUCGAUCGGCGAUCUAUUGAUCUGAAACGUGAACAAGAGUUCAAUACAGCAUUGAAUGGAACGGUUCGAACGUCAGCACAUUUGCAACGCGAUCCAGUGUCGCCACAAAUAUCAAUUCGAGAUGUCGCUGCUUUGUUUGAAUCGCGAUCGCAAAACCACUGAAUCACCUGUGGUGCAUCGAUGUUGCAGGAGUAUAACGGCUAAUUCGUACCAAAAAAUGAACAUCCUAUUAGGAGUAGUAGGAAAUCAAUCAAACGAACACAUUCGUCUAUGAAAUUGAAAUAAAUCCAAAAUGGAUUAUCAAGAAAACAUAUAUUGAUUAUUAUGUAUUUUUUCACAUAUUGCUUUUCGAUAAUGCAUUGUUCAAAUACAAAGUAUGUAUUAGCAUGAUAUAUUCGAUAGAUGAUAAAGCUAUCACAUUCGUCUAAGUAAAAUUAAUUAAAUUAUUUCACCGAA